AUGUCUUUCAAUACCUUUAUCCAACAUAUUAAAUCGGAAAAAUACCGUCAACUUGGAUUUUGGAAAUCCAGUGAAAACGGUACCCCAUUAAAUCCUCUUCAUUGGUUCCACUUUGCCGACGACGCGGCUGUUGUUAGCGGCCAAGAAAAAGAAAACCAAAUGCUCCUUAAUCGCUUUACAAUCUGGUGUCAGUGGGCUCAAAUGAUAAUACGUGUAGACAAAUGUUCAACAUUUGGCAUUAGGAAACAAGUAACCAAAUCCAUUCAAUAUCUCCCAAAACUAUUUAUAAAUAACUGUCUUGUACCACGUGUUGAACUUGGUAAAUCGUUUCGCUACUUAGGUCGCUAUUUUGAUUUCAACAUGUCCGACGAAGAUCUCAAAUCUGAAGUAUAUGACACACUUACUAAUAUCCUGAAUGAAAUUGAUGAUCUACCAUUACAUCCGAAAAACAAAAUUCUCUUAUAUAGUCGUUAUGUGCUUUCCAAAAUCUCUUGGCACUUCACUGUUUCUGACAUAGGCAAAACCUGGGUUAACGAUAAACUAGAUAGUAUCGCGUCCACGUAUAUCCGAAAAUGGCUUGAACUUCCUAUUUCUGCAACCCUUAGUAACGUCCUACUUCCCCACAAUAAAUUUGGAUUAAAUAUCAUUCUACCUUCAACCAAAUUCCUUCAAUGCCAAACUGUUUCUCGGAAAGCCCUAAAGUCGUCGCCAAAUCAAGCGAUCAAUAACCUUUGGAAGGAUACUAGCAAUCACAAAAAUGUACAGUAUGACAAAUACAAAAACACCAAAGACGUAUUAAACACCAUCAGAAAACAACAUGAAGACAGGCUUCAACACCACCUCAUUUCACAAGGCUCAUUUUUCUCCAAUAUCAUUAAACAUUCUACACUCUCAUUCAACUCUAUAUGGUCCUCCGUUCAGAGUAAACUUCCCAAGAAUAUAUUUAACUUCACUAUCCGGUAUAUAAAUAACACUCUUCCGACUCGCAAAAACCUUCUGAAAUGGGGAAUAUCACCAACAUCCGAAUGUUCGUUUUGUUUGAAUCCAGAAUCACUUCUUCACGUCGUCGCUGGAUGCAAGACCUACCUAAAUGAAGGACGUUUCACGUGGCGUCAUGAUUCGGUGCUUAACUUCAUAGCAUCCAUACUUAAAUCUGUGAACCAUUGUAACCUUUAUGCUGACCUUCCUAGCUAUAUCAGUCCAUCUGUUAUCACCGGAGAUGAAUUGCGCCCUGAUCUUUUGAUAACACUUGAAAACAAAUGUAUUUAUAUACUUGAACUUACCGUCGGAUUUGAAUCUAAUCUCCUCACUAAUGCAACUCGAUAA